AAUAAAUAAUCAAUUAACCUAACAAAAACACUAAGGAGUUCUUUCAGUUGCUUAUUUUUUAUAGCGCUAUCGACUGGAGACCAACAACAAUGUCCGCCCAAGCUCAAAUGAGAGCUUUGCUCGACCAGCUCAUGGGAACAGCUAGGGAUGGUUCAGUGUAUCUAUGCCAGCCUACAUCAAUCUGCAAAGGAGUUGCAGAAAAGCCUCAUGUUCAUCGAGCCGGGAUGAGACGAGACAGAGGGUCAAGUUCACUGACGAGCGAGUCUGCAAAAGUCAUCUUCUAAACUGCUGUCCACAUGACAUCCUGUCUGGAACUCGUAUGGACCUGGGGGAGUGCACGAAGAUCCAUGACCUGGCACUUCGGGCAGAUUAUGAAAUUGCCUCUAAGGAGCGAGAUCUGUUCUUUGAGCUUGACGCGGUCGAUCACCUGGAGUCAUUCAUUGCCGACUGUGACAGGAGGACAGAACUAGCCAAGAAACGCCUCGCUGAGACCCAAGAAGAGAUCAGUGCUGAGGUGGCAGCAAAGGCAGAGAAGGUUCAUGAACUGAAUGAGGAAAUUGGGAAGCUCCUGGCCAAGGCUGAGCAACUUGGAGCUGAGGGCAACGUCGAUGAGGCUCAGAAGGUCUUGCAGGAAGUGGAGAAGGUCCGCACUAAGAAGAAGGAUGCAGAGGAGGAGUACAGAAACUCUAUGCCGGCUUCCAGCUUCCAGCAGCAGAAGCUUCGGGUGUGUGAGGUGUGCUCUGCUUACCUCGGUCUCCAUGACAAUGACCGUCGCUUGGCCGACCAUUUCGGCGGGAAGCUUCACCUGGGCUUCAUCCAGAUCAGAGAGAAACUGGACCAAUUAAAGAAAACUGUGGUUGACAAGCAGGAAAAAAGGAACCAGGAGCGACUAAAGAGACGAGAAGAGAGGGAGAAAGAGGAAAGGAUGAAGAAGAGGACCAGAUCACGGAGCAGAGAGCAUAGAAGGUCCCGCUCUCGUGACCGCAGAAGGAGACGCUCACGCUCCGCAUCACGAGAGAGGCGCCGUUCUCGCUCACGCUCCAGGGAGAGGAGGAGGAGGCAUCGCAGCCGAUCCCGCUCUCGCAGCCGAGGACACCGUCACAGCCACGAGCAGAGCUCCAAACACAAGUCGUCCAGGGACCGAGAGCGCUCCUCCAGAGACAGGUCACGGGAGCGAGACAGGAGGGACGGUAUGAACGGCAGGUCGGACUCCCGCAGGGGAGAUGACAGGGACGCAGGGGACCUCUGAAGACCACACUCUCAUCAAUCACGACACAUAACCUCCUCCUGUCUCCCUCACCUGUCUGUCCAUUUAUAAUAACAUGAUGUUACACAGUCCUUUGCCUUGACCCCUCUGUUCUCCCGCCUGCCUCCUUUUUUUUGCUUUUACAGUUGAUGCAGCCGAGCCAGAGUGUACCUGAAAUAUUGUAUGGAUUACAUUUUCUAGCAUCCAGAUAUAUGAGAAGAUUGUAUUGGAUGGGUGGGGGAUUAGUUAUUGAUCAGUAGUGGAGUGUAUUGUAAUACCUACAUCUGUAAUUUGGUGGCCGUCUGUAUCCAAUACAUCUCAUGUCUUGUUAUACACUACCCUAUAAUGAUUCUACCAGAGAAAGUAAACUGAUGGUCUGCUGGGCUGAAGCGUAAAUGUAACUAAUCCAUAUUCUUUUAUCGAUUACUGGUCUUUUGGUACAGAAUCUGUCUGUAAAUAUGUUUUGGGCCUACUGAUUGUCAUGGUCUGAAAACCUUCCUCCUAUCAAGUUCUUCUUUUUUUAAUUUUAAAUCUCCUUCUAAAGAGUCUUCUCUCCUGGUAAACGACAUUUGUUGUUGUACUGCCUGAGUGCAGUUCUUGAAUGUCCACAUUUACUAAGUUUAAUAAAGCCCAGUUAAAGUUUUAGGAACAAAGUUCAAAACCAAAGGGUUUUAAAGUUGCGAGAAUUAGUAAUAAACGUAUUUCUCUCGUUGUCCACUUUUUUUCUUUAAUCAAGUUAUUUUAUGUUGACAGUAGUGAAGGGUAUCUAUUGAUUUAGAGUUUGGCCAGUAUAAGUGAGUGCUUGUUUGAAAUAUCUUGUCUCAUUUGUUUCUAUCUUGAUUUCUUUUAUUUAAAAUAAAGAAAAUAAAUGUUAACUGCAAAGAUAGUCGGCACGUGACGCAGAAGGUUCAGAAGUGAUUCAUUCAGUGCUGUAACUGUACAUACCUUUUUAUUAGUCAUAAAAUUCAACUUUCAGCCCAAUUUGGACAAAUUCCCUUGUGAAUAGAUUUAUAAUUGAAAACAGAUUUUAUUGGAUGCAUUGCUUUGACCUCAUGUGUGAAGUCAUCUGUUUAUGUUCUGCUGGAAAACUUUCUUUAAAGUCUCAAUUAAAAAAAAAUCCCACGAUUUUAA